AAGUGGAACCGGGCAAAUGCUGAUAUUAAUGCCACACCGCCAGACCCUGAAGUUGAUGAAGUUCAAGAUCCCUUGCCAAAUGAAAUAGAUGACCACAAAAAAACAUUCCUGGAGAAAAUUGAUGUUCUUUUGGCUGAACAUAAAGUUGAAGAAGCAUUGGAGGCUUUAGAGGCUGAAGAGAGAAACUUCCCUGAGCUAAAAGGUUCUGGAGAUUCUUCAACUGAAGCAUCCUCGUAUAAGUCUUCUUUUCUAGAAAGGAAGGCAAUGCUUGAGGAUCAGCUUACUGAGAUUGCUGAACAGCCUGCAGUUGGUGCUAAUGACCUAAAGAAGGCAUUAUCUGGUUUGAUUAAGCUUGGGAAAGGUCCUUCAGCGCAUCAAUUACUUUUAAAAUCCUGUGGUUCCCGUCUGCAAAAGAAAAUUGAGGUUUUUCUUCCUUCAUGUUCUGUCUGCCCGAAGACAUUUCCUGCCACACUGUCUAGGCUUGUCUUUUCUAUGAUCUCAUUGACAACAAGAGAAUCUGGUUUGACUUUUGGUGACAAUCCAGUCUAUACGAAUAGAGUUGUUCAGUGGGCAGAAUGGGAAAUUGAAUUUUUUGUACGUUUGGUAAAGGAUAAUGCACCAUCUUCAGAAACAGUUUCUGCAUUACGUGCAGCUAGCAUUUGUGGUCAUGAUAGCCUUAACUACUGCUUAAUGCUGGAAUCACAAGGGUUGAAACUAUCAAAGUUGCUUCUGGUGCUCCUGCGUCCAUAUAUUGAGGAAGUGCUGGAGUUGAAUUUUAGGAGGGCUAGAAAGGCUGUUUUUGACCCAAUGAAAGUUUAUGAGAACUUGGCUUUGAGACCUCACUUUGUGUCUGCUUUAUUGGCUUUCGCAACUUUUUCAGAUAGUGUGCUAGUAGAUAGUGGAAUGAAAUUUUUGUAUAUUAUUGCCGAUAUUUUGGAACAGCUUACGCCACUGGUUGUUUCUCAUUUUGGAGGAAAUGUAUUACCUAGAAUUUCACAGCUGUUUGAUAAGUAUAUUGAUGCACUAAAUAGAGCGUUGCCUGGCCCUUCUGAUGAUGACAGUCUUACUGAGCUGAAAGAGACAAUACCUUUUAAAGCUGAAACAGAUGAAGAGCAACUAGCUAUUCUGGGGAUAGCAUUUACAAUUAUGGAUGAACUGUUACCAAGUAGGGUGGUUAAAAUUUGGAGUCCAAAGAGUGAAAACCAGGAACCAGGAAAUGAAAACAUUGUUCCUAAUGCAAGCACAAGUACAGAGUUAAAAGAUUGGAGGCGCCAGCUCCAGUACUCUUUUGACAAGCUCAGAGAUCAUUUUUGCAGACAAUAUGUUUUGAGUUUCAUCUAUUCAAGAGAAGGUAAAACACGAUUAAAUGCACAAAUUUAUUUGGGUGGAGAUGGAGAAGAUUCACAAUGGGACACUCUGCCUUCUUUGCCAUUUCAGGCAUUAUUUGCAAAGCUACAGCAGUUAGCAACUGUGGCUGGAGAUGUGCUACUUGGAAAAGAGAAACUACAAAAAAUUUUGCUUGCUAGACUGACAGAGACUGUUCUAAUGUGGUUGUCUAAUGAGCAGGAAUUCUGGGGUGUGUUUGAGGAUAAAUCCACUCCACUUCACCCACUUGGAUUGCAGCAGUUGAUUCUUGAUAUGCACUUCACUGUUGAAAUAGCUCGUUUUGCGGGUUACCCAUCUCGGCAUGUGCACCAGAUUGCAUCAGCCAUUACUGCUCGUGCAAUCAGAACAUUCACUGCUAGAGACAUUGUAAGUGCACUCCCUGUGGACGAAUGGUUUGUUGAAACUGCAAAAUCCGCGAUAAACAAGCUUCUAAUGGAAGCAUCUGGCUCAGACAGAUCUGAAAUUGAUGAUGAGCAUAUUAUUCUACAUGAUGACGUCGUCUCAGAUUCUGAUGACACUACUUCCUCCCUAUCAUCAGUAGAAUCCUUUGAAUCAUUUGCUUCUGCAAGCAUGGGUGAACUUGAGAGUCCUAAUUUCACUGAUCAAGAGAGCUAAAAGUUGAGUUCCGGUGGUCCAAACGCGGUUCCCAUCUGAACACCAGAGUCUGCUACUGUAAUUAUUUAUGGUUCUUUACUUAUCAAGAUUUUGAGCAUGCAGAUUCGGACACCAUUGGUUAGAAGUAGACAUUAUCCUAGAAUUUAUGUUCACAAAUAUAGUAGCAUAUUGUAUCUUGUAUUUUAUGCAAUUGUUUUGUCAAAAGAGGGUUUAACCUUUGAUAUUUGCCAAAGUAUUAUUAGAGCAUCAUGAUCCAUGAGCAAUGACAUUUGUGCAAAUAUAAUGAUUCCUACUAACCCUAUACAAAUUUUUUUAUUAUUAUUAUUUAUGUAAAUUGACCAAACAUAAUUAAUAAUGAGGCAAAUUUGUAAAAAUAAUUAUGUGGGGAGACUGAAUAUAA